UAUAUUAGCUACAAAAGCAGGAAAUUAUAAUAAAUUAUCUUGAAAAGAGGGGAAUGUUUUAAAUUAUUAUCACGAAGAGGGCAAAUAUAAACCGCGAAGGCCAUUGAUGAAAUAAAUAAGAGGUCAUAUCUAAUAGGAUAUUGAAACUGUUUAGCGGACACCAGCUCUAUCAAGUGUUAGUUCCGGGUUUUGAAAAUUUUAAGAAAUUUCCCAACACCGUAUUACACCGCAUUAAAUCAACAACAGCGAAGAAGUGAUGGCAACGUCUGCUAGAAUUCUCUUAGACUUUCUUUUACUCUUAAUUCUUAGUGUAAUAUCUAUCAUCUCCAUAAACCCAGUUAUUUUAGUUCCUGGAGAUGGAGGCAGCCAGCUUUCUGCAAAGUUGAACAAAAGCCUAAGUCCUUUUGCCUACUGCGAGACAAAAACUAAUUAUUAUUACACAUUAUGGUUGGAUCUUACUCAGAUCUCAAUUGCUCAGUGUUGUUUUGUUGAUAACAUGAGAUUAAUAUAUGAUCCCAAAACUCGAAAAACAUUUGACUCACCUGGUGUUCAUGUAAAAGUUCCUGGCUUUGGUAAAACUGAAACAAUAGAGUUUUUGGACCCUUGGAGAGAAAGUUUUACCAGCUACUACUACUAUAUUGUGGAACGACUUGUAAAACUGGGAUUGACUAAAAAUAUUUCUAUCCGAGGAGCACCUUAUGAUUUCAGACGUUCUCCAAAUGAAUUUCAAGACUAUUUCAAGAAUUUUAAAAAUCUCGUUGAAGAAACUUACAACAUGAACAAUAAAUCGAAAAUUACAUUGAUAACACACAGCAUGGGCAGUCCAACAAUGCUGUAUUUUCUAAAUAAUCGAACACAGGCAUGGAAGGAUAAAUAUAUUGGGAAGAUGAUUACAAUUUCAGGAGUUUGGGGUGGUGCUGUGAAACCUCUUCGGCUCAUGAUUUCUGGAGAUAAUCUUGGUAUUCUUGUACUGAAAGAACAUGUUAUUCGAACAUACCAGCGCAGUGCCUCUUCAACAGCUUGGCUUAUGCCAUACGAUACUUUCUGGAAAUCUGAUGAAAUUCUUGUUUCCCGUCCUGGUCGCAAUUAUACUGUUAAAGACUAUAAACAGUUGUUUAAAGAUUUGAAUUAUACAGCUGGCUAUGAAAUGCGUAAAGACACAGAGAAUCUUGUGAAAGACCUCCGUCCACCUGGAGUGGAAGUUCAUUGUAUAUAUGGAAUCAAUGUAUCUACACCGGCUACAUAUCUAUAUGAUAAAGGAUUUCCUGAUAGUAAACCAAAAAUAAUAUAUGGACCUGGAGAUGGGACUGUAAACUUAGACAGUUUAAAAGGCUGUCUUAGAUGGGCACAAGAACAAAAACAGUCUGUUCACAGUUAUACUGUUGCAAAUGAAGAUCAUUUGAAAAUAUUGCAAAGUAAAAAAUUGAUUGAUCUGAUACAAGAUAUAGUAACCAAGAAAUGAACUUUCUAUGGAUAAAAGAAAAAAUAUUUUUAUAACAAUAUAUAAAAGCAUUUAUUAAAAAAAAUAUCAUAUCAAUAUUUGCAUUCUAUUUGAAAAGAGAGAAAUUUGUGAUCCCUCUUAUUUUUGAGUCUGGCAUCUUUAAAUCGUUUUGCUUUUAUUCUUUUACUUGUUUCAGUCAUUGGGCCCCAUCCAUGCUGGGACACUGCCUUGAAGGGUAUACUCAAUCUGAGUGACCCUACCAGUACUUAUUUUUAAUCUGUCAUUAAUUCUAUCAGUCUCUUUUGCUAAGCUGUGAAGUUUCAGGGACGUAAACAAGCCAACACUAUUUGGAAAAUGGUGAGGCAUAUGUUCACACGCACACACACACAAACACACACACACACACACACACACACACACACACACACACACGCACACACACACACAUACACACAUGAUAGGUUUCUUCACAGCUUCCAUCUACCAAAUUCCCUUGCAAAGCAUUGAUUGACUCAAGCCCAUAGUAGAAGACACUUGCCCAAGGUGCUGUACUGUGGGACUGAACCAAAAUCUUUGUGAUUGUUAAGUAAACUUUUUAAUCACACACCCAUGCUUGAAUUUUUUUAUUUACAUUUUUUAAAAAAGUCUUUUGAAAUGUUCUUAAAAAACUUUUGUAUAUGUUGUUUAUUUAUUUAUUUUUUUUUUUGUACAUGAGUAAAACAGUGAAAUUUUUAUGUAGCUUGGUUGAUUAUGAUUUUAAGUUGUUAAUCUCUUCUGAAAAUAAAAUGUCACAGUUGUAUGUUUUUUAACAAUUUGAUGUCAUUCUGUCUAUUUUCAUAAUUCUAAGUUUUAAUCCUUUGUAUUUUAUGUAGCAUUUAGCAAAUGUUAUUCUGUGAAACCCAGUAAAUUUUUUUAAAGCUUAAAUAAUUAAGUUAGUGCUUAGAUGAUUGAGUUAGCUGGGAAAAAUUAUCUGUUUCAUUAGAAUUUAAUUUGCUCUGCUUCUAUAGUAUACAAACCAGAUAACUUUCAUUGAUAGUCUCGAACAAUGCUCUGCAACUGGCAUGCUGCAGCACUGGUGUUCCAUGAGAUGGUGCUAGGUGUGCCACCGUGUAACCUGAAUAUAAUUUUUUCCCCUAUACUUUUAGUUAUAUGUUUUAGUUCAGGUGUACCACCAAAUUUUGAAAAGAAUAUAAGUGUACCGCAAAUGAAAAGAGGUUGUGGAGCAUUGGUGUAUAAAGUUGAUGGUUAAUCAGAGGGGAAUUACAAAAUUUGUAAUUUUAUGUCAUUCACAUAGUGAGUUAAAAACAGAAGGAUAAUUGUAUCAACUAUGUCUUUUUCUUUUUGAGAGCUUACGUCUACUCUAUAGUGUUUUUUUUUUUCAUUGUUCUAGUGAAUAGGUAUUUAAUAUUAAUAUUUAACUAAAGAGGUGGUAGACUCGCAGAAUCCUUAUCGUACCAGACAAAAUGCUGCUAAAUAUUUUGUCCUUUACAUUCUGAGUUCAAAUUCUGCUGAGGUUAACUUUGCCUUUCAUCCUUUCAGGAUUGAUAAAAUAAGUACCAGUUGAGUACUAGGGUCAAUGUAAUUAACUUACCUCCUCCCCUAACAUUGCUGGCCUUGUGCCAAAAUUCGAAACCAUUAUUCAAUUAAAGACUAAAUUACUGUUUAAAUACUGUUGGAGUUAAAAUUUCACUUUCAUUUUCCCAAGAUUUAUAAAAUAAGUGCUAGUAAUAUAUACAAGAUUGAUUUUGUUGACUAUAUGUUUAUACGCUUUCCCUAAAAGUUUGUUCAGGUUGACCAGAAGUUAAUUCACAGUACUUUUAAAUGCAAACAGAAUGUUGCUUUCUCUUUUUUCUUACCAUUUAUUUUACCAUGUUUUUAAUUUUGUAUGAACUAUUUCUUUUUGUAUGAACAACUAUAAUAUCUCAAUGAAAGGAAACCCAUUUUUAAGCAUUUAGACAUCUCCUAUCCAUCUUUAUCAUUAGUUUACAGCUUUCAUUUUAUAAGUUUUCAAAAUAUUUUACUAAUUUUUUUACUAAGAUACAAGAAGGUAAUUUUAAAUUUACACCUUAUGUAAAAGAAAUUAUUUUUUCUUGAUUGGAGUAGUCUCUCCUGUAUAUUGAAAAAAAAUGUUUGUGUUAUUUUUAUUUUAUUAAACUGUAUUUAUUUAUGCCAUUUUUAUUUUUAAACUGAAAGUAUAUGUAUAAUUUCAUAAUUCAAGUAUACAAGCUGUUAGUAAACAAGUUAAUCUACUGAAAUUAUUUGCAUUUAUUUUCAUCCUCCAUCCUAAUGUGAUGGUAGAGGUUGACUGUAUUAUGAAAUUAUAUAUUGACUACAAAUCAGUAUGAAAAUUUUAUACCCUGUGUUUGUUGAAUUAUAAGAUGAUAUUUGAUUCUAUUUUAAAAAUUACAAAAUUAAGGUUGUCUUGCACAGUGGGUAUAAAAUUUGGUUAUGGAAUAUGGUGUCAAGCAGUGGUACAGCCCUUAUAUUAACAGAUUUUGUGUAUAAAGGAGUAUUCUAAAAAAAGAUAUUUUAGUAAGAGUCUGCAUGCACCAUUUUUUGUUUUUUUAAAUCCUGGUGAAACCCUACCGGUGCAAUCAUAUGAAUUACAAUACAUGAAUUAAAAACUGGUAUGAAUAUAACAUUUUACUGAUUGUUGUGGAUGGGAAAACAUUCCUUUUAUGAUUUCUAGGACUACAAAGUAAAAAUAAUCUGUAAAACACUCCUCAUGAUUUAUGAGAGUUCUUUGUAGUCUUACAGGAUGUGUAUAGCACAAAAUAAACCAUUUUGAGAGAACAUA